AUGAACAUGCAAGUACUAUUGAAAGGAAAAGUUUCAAAAACGAAUGGAGAAAACCAUCUUCAUUUCAGAAAAAUAGGCAUCCUCUUACAGGUAGGACAUUCAAAACUGCAUUUGGGAAAUCUAUUUCAAGGUAACGGAGGUCUGGGCAAGGCGACCAAUGAAGUCGUCAACGAAAACUCUGAUAUCUUUAUAGGAGAAAUAAAACCAAACUUGGAGGCGUCUUUAUCUGAUAAGUUUACUGAUAUCGCUAAUAUUAUUUGUAAAACGUUCACUUACGAGGAGCUGUUCCCGAAUUAA